GGUAGCUUUCUUGUUGGAAUUUUCAUACCAGAAAUCAGAAAAAAAGUGAAGUAACAAAAGACGAAGAAAAAAAUAAAUAAAUUUUUUGUGUGAUAUUUUUUGCUAUAAGCAUUUAAUUAAUCAGACAUAAAAGACGGCUAGAAAAAGAUAAAGUAUCAAAGAAUUCUUUCAUCAAUGACAUUAUGGCCGCGGAGCAACGAAUUUUAAAACAAGAUGGUUACUUGGAUGUAGGCUCUAUCAGUAGAGGUGGUCUUGUAUCCAUGGAAAGCGGUACUGUUGUCAAAUCGCCCGCAUCUAGCACAAGUUCCAUAAUUGAUGGGAGAGCAGUUCAGACAACCAGUAUAGUUUAUCAUCCCAAUCUAAAUGUUAUACUUGUGUUCGAUAGUAUCAACCAAAUCAAAGUUCUCGAUGUGCACUCCGGUGUCAUAUUGCAGACAUACCAUCUUGGAAAUGAUACAAACCACAAAAUACAUGGUUAUUUUAUGCCAUUGCAAGAAAAGAUUAUCAUAACAGAUGGUCAUGUUAUCGGUUUUCGGGGAGACUACAAUGGAGUCUUACUAUUAGACACAGUUUUGCAAACACCAAUUCCACAUAAUGAUGACCCAAUACGAAUUGAAAUGCUACUGUCAGAAGCUGUACUAUUUCAGACAUGCCUUAAAGAAUUAGAAGAAGAUCUUGAGUGUCCUAACGACUUGUUAAAUGAGCUUAUGGAAAAAAUAAAAAGUGCCCAAUCGAAUUCGAAAAAGGGUAUCAAAGCUCAAAGGUGGAAUACUAUUUGUCUUCAUGUCCCAUAUUCCAGCCUUAAAUUGGUGGCCAACAAUUUGGUUAUAAUGCUAAAACGUCUCGAAAGGCAUGUACCGGCACUGGCCAUUGCAUCGGCAAUUAAUGAACGUUUGACGGAUUUACUUGCUGGUGCACGUUUACGUGACAUCAAUUGGCAUUGUAAUAAUUUUCAGCGUGUUCUCAUGCACUCGGAGGCAGUGCGAAGGCAAACAUUUGAAAAGUGGCCCCAUAUGGACUACAAAUGGGCUCUGCCUGAUCAGAUGGCUCAAGCUGGUUUCUAUCAUCAGCCCUCGUCAUCAGGAGAGGACAGAGCUAUGUGUUUUACUUGUAAUGUUUGCCUGGUUUGUUGGGAAAAAACUGAUGAACCCUGGAGUGAACAUGAACGCCAUUCGCCAAUGUGUCCAUUCGUCAAAGGUGAAUACACCCAAAAUGUACCUAUAGCUGUUACAUAUGCUACAAAUCCCGGAGUAUUGGUUCCUGGCACACAAGGAUUCGAUGUAAUCUCGAACAGUGACUACGCUAAUGUAUUGUGCACAAGUUGCACCCAAACUGGAGAUAUAACAAUUUGGAGCAUUGAACGUCAUUUGAAGCAAUUACACUCUUUUAAUAUCGCUUCUUUAAUGAAGGACAUUCUGUGCUGUAAUAGCAACAGUAGUGACAGUACUUCAGAGUGUGCAGAAAGUUCAUAUGAAUGGGUUCGCGUUACAUCAAUUUGUGCUUUGCCGAAUGCCAGAGCACAAAGCAAAAUAUUCUCUAUGAAUUCCGCACAACCAGGCUCUAGCAGUUUAGGCUCUGCAGCUACUACUACGGGAAACUUACUUCCGCCAUCAAUAUCUCCUUGCACAUCAACUUCAACUAUUCGUGCUGGGGUCGUAGGAUCUAAGAUCAUUUUGGGCCUAAGUACCAAAAAAACCACAGGCGAACACAUGUUGCUGAUGGCAGUUUUAAAAAUAGUUGAAAGUGACCACCCAAAUGAAAAUUUAAAAACUAAAAAUGAGAGUGCGAUUGACAGUGCUACUGCAACAAUUUCUGGUGAUAAUAAAGAUACAGUAGCAUCUAAUAAUCUAAAAGGUGAAAACGACACAUCGCAUGCUAAAGAAGUGUCAUUGAUGAAAACAUUUAAUAAGCUUGGCGAGAAAACACAUUCAUUAGUAUUUGAGAAAUAUGCCGAUGGAUUCGAUAGCAACGGAUUUGCAAAUGAUAUAAUGGCACCACCAAAGCCAGAUGUUAAUCCAGUAAUGUCGGGUGGUAAAUCGGAUUCACCUAUGGAAUACAAUGAUGCUUAUCUUGAAGCGGAAUUUAAAAAGAUGGCUGAUCAAUUCGUUGACCUAAGCAGUCUUUUCGACUAUGAUUACGGCCAGCCUCUGGAUAGUAGUUCAUUAGCUGGUGAUGAGGGCGGUGGAGGUGGUGGAGGUGCUGGAAGCGUUGGUCCAAGUGCCGGUACCGAUGAUAUGGAAAUGGAUACCAGUUAUUUUAAAGAAAACCUUCUUUCCGCUGCCAAAGCAGCCCAAAAGAAAAAUAUAAAUAAAAACUUUAACAGCAAAACAAACAAUUCACCAAACCCUGAGACUGGAGGAAUUUCGAAAGUUAACUAUAGUGAAGAUAUUGACUGCAUUGUCGAGAGUUGCACAAUUCUAAAGCGUAUGAAUGCCUUAAAUGAUGGUAAUUUAACAAAUGGAAGUGAAGAACUUGUGGAAAUAUCAGACAUUAUUCCAACAAAUAGUAAUUGUAGUCAAUUACUGGUUAAAUUAUUAAAGACAAAAGCAUCAAAAGUAGCAACUACUAGCAAGAUAAUAAUGGCUAAUGUAGCUACUGAUGCCGAUAGUGACAAUGAUGGAGAAGACGAUGAAAAUAACGAGGAGAGUAAUAAUCAAUACAAGAGGAGCCAUUCUCGUACUAUGGCUAAAAAAUCAGUUGGUGGUCAGUUGUUGCUCUUUGAUUGCAUUGAUGGUGCAAUUCCUAAUGAACAUAAAAAGGCUAUAACAUUCAGUAGAGCAAAGUGCCCUAAAGAUAUUUGUAUUUUGCCAAAUUUUCAGUACCUGGGCGAUGUUUCCCAAUCGGCCAUUGAUGAAUGCAACAAUGGUGAAUGUACUGGUGCAUUUUCUGUGGUUUGCGCUGAUGGCAGUAUCGAAUUAUUUUCAUUGCGUAACUUUCAACGUAUCAGCAGCAUAAAAGAGGAACAGCAUAAUUUUAUUGCCGUAACAUAUUGUCGCAGUUUAGAACGUUUAUGUUGUUGCACUCAGGAUGGUGCUUUAAUUUUUUAUUCUCUUAAUGAUUCGGAUGAGUCAGGAGAUGAAAUGAUUGAUAUGGAGGAGGAAAGCUGUACUGGCAUUACGUCAAACGAAAGCUGCGCUGAACUUUGUGUAACUGAUGGAGGUAAUUCGAAUCAACAGCAUCAACAACAUGGUACCAAUGUAUCAUCAAUAGUCGAAGAAGAUUUAGCACAAUCUAAUUCCGUACAGUUCCCAUUCUGCACAAAUAUAAAAAUUGACUGUGGAGCUAACCAAACCUCAAAUUCUGGAGGGGGAGUGCCUGCAUCGCCAUCUCCAUCGUCUAUGACUGUUAACGCGGCGGCCUCAAAUUUACUAGCUUAUCGUUGUGGAGAUCUGACAUUAGAUGAAUUGCGAUCAUUAUAUGCUCUUACUCUUUUUGACGAAAAGUCAAUACCAUACACAGCCGAAGUACCCAGUUGUUGGAAUAACUUAGUGCAAGCCCAAAAGCAACGAAAGCAAUCGCAGCAUACUUGGCGUCUACACAAUGAUGCAACGACAUGGGAUGAGCAUAUAAUUGAAAUAAAUUUGUUGCAACCUGCAACUUUGGGGCACAUUGACUUAAAGUUUUCGUUGUAUCAACCUUGCCACAAUCCAGCAGCAAUACAAGUAACACUAUUGAAGCAGAAUACCAGUGGAUUCGGCUACAGAAUGAAGGGCCCACACUCUAGUUUUAAGCAUCAGUCUAUGGAAGAAGGAGGAAAUACGGAUGUUCCUUCCAGUAGCAGUAAUACUAAUGAUGGCAACAAUGAAAAUCCAGUUCUAAACGAAGAGUUCUUACAGACGCACAAUGCUGAAAUUUUAGCUGGUCCAAUAGAACUCUCAUCGUGUAUAGAUUUGUGUGAUCAAGGUGGCACAGUUAUUUUAACAUCGCCAAAACUUUACAAAACUCGUACUAGAAAUUUCCUGUUGCAUAUAAAAACAAUGGCAGAUCCUUCAAAAGAAGGUCAGUGCAAGACGCGCGGUUGCGACUGGCUACAUGAAAUUUCAAUAUACGUACGGGGUGUUAAACCACAAGCGCAAAUACCAAAUGAGCGUUUACAGCGUAUUGCCAUGUUGGAAAGCAAUCAAUUACUAGACAUUCUUUUCAAAGUCAUCAGUAAAGCGGAGACCUCGACAUUGGAAAAAAAUUAUGCCCUCGAUAUUCUAAUUUGGAUUUGUUGCAUACGCUUAAAAAGAUUCCGUUCCCCGAAAUCAGAGCGAUGCAAAGGCCAACCAGUGUUGGCACAACAGCUGGAGUGCAUCAGUCUAACUGAAAAAUAUUUGGAAAACAUACUACGUUACUGUAUUAUUCACAGCAGUCGCAGUAUGGCACACAAAUGCGUCAAAUUAAUUUUAGUUUUAACUGAUGGUUUUUGCAAUUUACCGUUAGCCAUUAAACCGUCAUCGAAAUUGGAUACCGCAUUAAGGGAUGCCAUCUAUAACACAUUCAAUGAACUUCCGUUGGCUAAACAUGCUAGUGUUGUUCGUUGGUAUGUGAUGCUGGCAUGUAUUACUUCGUCUAACAAAACCUAUAACAGUAUAUCGGAAAUGUGUGUGAAGCUACUAAUGGAUAUUUCAGAGGAAAUCAACAGAAGAUGGGAUCCUUAUGGUGCCCUCAUCGGAACAAGAUUUGGUUUGUAUGGCUUUCCAUUUGAGCCGGACAUUUUUGAUUAUGAUUUGCCGAAUGUCAACAAAAAUAACGUAAAUUUUACGUCAACAUUAAUGAAUAUUAUACGUAAUAAUGCCGGCCUUGUCCAGGCAGCAGGAAUAGACAUAAAAAAAUUAUGUUCAAUAGAUGGCGUUGAUUUUAGAACUUUCCCACACUUGAUCAAGUGUAAAAGUGUAAGUAAUCAAUUGCGUGGUCUACUGGAAGUCGAACAGCUUCAUUUUACUUGUGCUGCAACCUCAGAAUCAACCCGAAUUGAUAAUAUGGAUACAGUUUCCGCAAACACUAGUUCCAGCAAUGUUAAUAUGGAUGAUCUUUUAAUUGCUCCAAUGGUGGCAGAAGCAGUCGAUCAAAUAUAUUCGAAGUCUGACAAGAUGAAUGAUAUCCUUAACAACGUUAAAAAUAAUGUCAAUAAUAUUGUCGAUAAGAUCAAGUUAGAAAAGAAAUUGGAUGUCAACGAAAGCUUUGUUUUAAAGCCAAAUGGAAUAGGACCUAUUGAUUCGGAGCAGUGUGUUGAAACGGGUAUAUCGAAUAAAAGUGAAACCAUGAAUGAGGAGAAGGUUAAAUUAAAGACAUUGCCAAAGAUUAAGUUUAUUUGUGAGUACAUAGAUCAACAAUUGGGAGGAACAGAAAAAACAUCCAAAGAUGGCAAUGUAAACGAAAAAGGAAAUAAAAUACGUGUGCCUUCUGGAAGUACGGCUAAUGGAGGAGUCUAUGGCGAAAAUGCUACCGCUAAUGCUCCAAAUAUUUUCACAUGGCACAAAUUGUUAUCCCCACCACCAAAACAAAUGGUUGUCAUUGAUCGAAUGCACUCGGGAGCGAGACGUUUUGUUGUACUUGACUUUGGCUCACCCAUUCUAUUAACAGAUCUUAUAAUACCUGCAUGUGACGAGUUGGCUUCUCUGCACAUCGAUAUUUGGUGCUUUGAUGAAGAGACAGACUGUGUUCGUUUGGUGGUAGCUCCCGAUAUCGGAACAAAGACUUUAGUUUUAAGUGAUUUGUUGCCGCCACCAAUUUGUCGUUAUAUGAAAAUUACAAUAAUGGGUCGCGUCGGUAUGUCAUCAACAAAAUGUAAAAUUCCACUCGGUUCGUUUUUUGGACAUAUAGUAGUUUUGGAAUCGGAUGGCUAUGGUGAUAUUCUUCUAGAUUAUGUGAAUAGCCAGUCUCAGAAUAUUCCAGCUCAAAUAAAGGCAUUACAAUCGUUGCACGAAGAUGUUCAUUGCCGUUAUAGUCUCGCAAGCUGCAAGCUGUUGGAGCUGCUAACACCGCUCCUAAAUGCAGACGUAUCGAAUGUAGCCCACAUGCAGGCAUUUAUAAACAAACAACGUACUGAAGAUGACACAUCUUACAACUUGGAGAGCGGAAAAAUUACAUCUAUAUAUGAGGAAUGCAUAGUGCUUCAGCAUGAAAUUAAUGUUAUACGGAAUGUUAUUCUCAGACUAGAAUCUUCCAUCAAGGAUAAUAACUCAUAUACUCCAAUGGAUCCAUCACAAGCAUUACGCAUGUCGUCACGGGACAAAUUGCGAGUUCUUGGUCAGGCGUUGAUAGAAAUUCUAUUAAACUUUUCCAUAGAGUUCAGCUUUAAGGAUAUGUUAACUAUGCAACAGCUAUUCACAGCCGAUGUGGCAAAUAUGCUAUUCAAUUCGUUUGUUGUAUAUGGAGAUGCUCACAUUCAAUUGGCAACAUGUUCUUUGCUAGUUCGCAUGUGUUGCGUUCAAAAUUGGUGGGGUGAUUUUCUCACAAAUAUAUUUUGUAACUUAUUUUCUUCACAGAACAGCAAAAUAUUUCCACAGGAUCGUAUAUUCUUCUUACUGACUUAUUUGGGAAGACGAAGUAUUUCUAUGGGAAAUUGUCGGUCUAUAGUAAUUGAUUCUGUGUUGAAAACAUUGGCCAAGCUUUUGGCUCCAAUUUCUCCUCGAUAUCAAGAAGCCACAGGAGGAGGUUUUAAUAUGCCUGGCAUUGAAUCUGACACUAGCAACUUGUGUUCCAAAUCCGAUUUGCAACUAAUAACAUGGCUACUCUUAUUCCUUUCAGUUUGUCUGGAUGAUCGCAAAGAUAAAUCCGCUAAUAGAUGGGACUUUAUGAGCUGUGAAACAGACUUUGCUAAAACUCGUGGUCAGUCUUCGAACAGUUCGGGAAAGCAAUUGCGCUGUUUUAAAAAGAGAAUUAUCCAGCAAAAUAAAUACAGCGUACAACCAUACACUGAUUGGGGCAAGAAAAUCUAUAUGAUACAGAAUGAACAUCCUGGUAUUUUCAUGGAACUUACUGGUAAACCAAAGUCUUCAAGCAAAACUAACAAAAAUACUAUAUUACCAAAACUUCCAAAAGACGUUAAUCAAGAACCUGAAAAUAAUUUCGAUAAAGGUCUCAAGAACAUUCGUCUUAAUAAUAUCCUGAUUGUCAUACGUGGUCUAAUUGCACUGCUUCUUGAAAUGGAUUUCACGUGCAAUAUGGACCAAUUUUUGCUUACAUGCAAAGUAAUUGCACGUCUCGUUUCCGCAUGCAGACCUGCAGUUCAGCUUUCAAAGAUCAUAACCGUAAACCAAUUAGAACACCUGAUUCGUAUGGCUGUGUGGAAUGAUCAACAGCAACCAUGGGCUGUUCAUGCUAUUACUUGCUUACUACAGGACUUGUUGGAUGCAGAUAGGCAUUUUAAAGAUAACGAUGCUACUCCUACAAAUGAUGGUAUACGUCCAUUGGACAGUAUUCAGGAAACAAAAGAUUUAUUUGCAGCAUAUACAUCGUUGUACAUGCCACAAUCUGGCUCUACACAAACAUCAAGCAACGAUAUGCAAUAUUCGGAUGGAGUGAAAUAUCCAUAUUUGCCGUCAUUAAUUGAAUGCGAAGAUACUGAGUUCGAUGAGAUUUUAAACGACAUUGAUAUUAUUGAGCGAAACAAAGCAGUGCCAAAGAAAGAUAACAACAACAUGAAUAAGAAUACAGUUAACUACUUUUGUAAAUCGAUAUCUAGUGCAAUGGACUCACGUUUAGAUAUCGGUCUUGAUUUAAAUGUUGAAACGGACUUACGACGCAUUACUAUGGUCUCCUCUCUGGAUAUGUAUUCAUCAUUGCCUCAAAUUGCAGCCAGUGAAUUCAAAACGGCCUCGCCAGAAGUUGCUGUUUGGCCAGACUAUGUUACCGAUAUUUGGUCUGGUCCAGAAUACAAUUGUGGCGUAAAUACGUACAACAUGUUUAAAAGCGUCUUUGAUUGCAUACUUGCAGACUUGCAUUUAGAAGAAACUUGGGUACAUCUGGAACAAGUUUUGCAGAUGUGGUUAACUCUAAAUAGUGAGCUUGCUGAUAAGUCAUACAAUUCUGGUGUCUCAAAUAGCGAGGUUCCAAAAAUACCAUUUGGCGCAAAUGCUAUUCAAGGACUCCUAUUGGCUUUGGCUUGGUAUAACGAUGUUAAACUUCGUACGUGGUGCUUGGGUUUUCAGUGUCUCCUCUUAGCGUGCAAUUCUCAAACAUUUUCUCAUGAGGAGGAAGAUCGUACUCGUAUAAAUGAAGUCAUUAUUAACGAUGAGAACUUUGAAAAAAUGUUGCUAAGAUUUUUCUCCGGCUAUGGCAUGAGCUCAGUUAUUAUCACUAACCGAUGUGCUGGACCUACAAUAUGUAAACAUUUGCAUGAACUUUUACAUUGGCUACAUCGAAAAGGCGAGUCUGCUGAUGGUGUCAUAUCCUGCAAACGAAAACUUAAAGAUACUCUUCUACACGUGAUUCUCCAACUAGUUCAACCUGGCGGAGCAAUAAGCAAUCAAUUGGGUCCAAUAGAUGCUCAAAGCCAAUUAGUUCGUGACUUAUUAAUAAUGCCUAAUGAUAAGGCGGAUCUAAAUAUUUCAUUGAAUAUUAUAGAGUGUGUUUCAUUUUUGGUCUUUAAUAAUAUUUCUAAUGGCGAUAAAAUCCAGUGUCAACGAACAUCCGAUACCAACAAUGCCAGUAAUUCAUUUAGUAGUUUGUUUGCCAAUGUUUUAGGAUCCGACCACUCUAAGCAAAAUUGUCCGAUAUCUGAUAAUUCUCUUAUUAUAAGCCUGCUUAAACUUUGCUCAUCUUUGAUACAAACAGAACUGCCACGACAACUGACAGAUGUCGCCAUUCCUGAAGAGGAAGAACUUACCAACAUUUGCCAAACUGAUGAAACUAAAGCUGAACAAUUAAAUAUUGACGGCCAUCGUGUUAAAACGCCAUGUAUAGCCGAUACAGUUCUGCGACAUUUUCCAACUAUGAAACGUUUAUUAGGUUCUUUGUCUCACUGUUCAAGCACAUCAUUUACCUUAAUGGUUUCAUCUGCUUUAUACAGUGUUAAACCAGCUGAUUCAACAUUUUUGCUCGAUGAACCACAAACUACGGCUGAUGCAGUUUUUAACAUGCUUAUAACUUUGUGUGAAAAAGCGUCAAAUUCCCGUUUAAUUGUAGCUCCCAUAUGUCAAUACUUGGAAGCGUGUACAUCUCAGCGUAUAUCACUACCACGUUUGCAUUUGUCUGAACCAUUGUUGUGGUACAUAUCUAAAGUCCUUGAAGUUUCAUCGGCUGUACAAAUAUUUACGCAGUUAGGAGGUAUUGAAAUAAUAUGCAAAAAUUUGGUGAGACUGAACAAAAUUCUAAUAAAUGUUCAGCCCGGUUUGAUUUCUAUGAUAAUGCAGCAUAUGACAAGAAAUACGAAAGUUAAGUUGGUUUCGCAGUCGUGUUCGAAUGGAAAUGGAAAGAAAUCAUCGAGUUCAAGUCAAAAUCAUCGGUUCUUGCAAGAUGGUUUAAUCAAUUUUGCCCCAUUCUGCACAAUUUCUGCCGAAAAUGAUACUGCUCAAUCGGCAGAUAUUCUUAUUAUGAAUCCCGUGGCAUCACAUCGACGACCACGUACACCUGCCUGGAGCUACAUGUUUUAUCCGAAUGAAUCACAUGCAGAUCUUACAAUAACUUUACCUACGGCUAUUUUGUUACGCGAGGUACAACUUCAACCUCAUGCUCCUACACUGGCUUCAUGUCCUUCUGCUGUAGCUUUAGAAAUUUCAAGAGAUUUUGGGCUAGGACCGGUGCCUGUCGGGCCUCCUUUGACAACAACUGGAAUGACUUGUAUUCGCUUAAAGUUAUCGAAACCAGAGAUAGCUACUAGUAUUGUCCUGAGACUAUAUAGGCCCAAAGAUAGUACCAGCAUUGGCUUAACACAAAUUGCAGUCUUGGGCAAUACCAUAUUUGCAUCACAAACAAAUAACUCGAGUAUUGCUAGCGGUUCAAAUUGUAAUAGUUCAGCAUUGGCUAUUGAUCAUGCCAUAGAUGACGAUUCAUUUGCCAAGACGAGUGUAGGAUGGGUUCGUAUUUUAUCACGGUGCUAUAGUGCAGCAUCUAUGGUGCCUAGUGAAUCUAAAUUGGCGGCUGAUGUUAUUGGAGCAUCUGCUGCUUAUCCCGGAUUUUUAGAUGCUUGUUGCUCGUUGAUGAAUAUUAUGCCAAUGAUUCCAAAUGCAGCGGUACAAAAUCUUGAAUGUGUAUUACUAAAAUUAGGAGCAUAUAGUCGGGAACUUUGUCUUUCGCUAAUACGGACUUUAUUAUGGGGAACUACUCCACAAAUAUAUAAACUUUCCAAUGAGAGCAUUUGCGACUUGUUGUAUGAACUGUGUACCAACAAAGAUGAAUAUGUGGUAGAUAAAAUUCUGGUUCUCUUAGAAUGGAUUGAAAAAUUAAAAAUGAACUACAGUAGUAAUAACAGUGGGCGGUGUAAUAAUCCUCAGAGCGGUUUCGUAAAGUGUAUUGCUUCUAUUCUUUGGUAUAUUUAUGCAGAGAAUUAUGUCGCUAAUUUUGGUGAACACAUUUCUCAAAAUGUAUUCGAUGCUUGCAUGCAUUGGAUUGAUAGACUGGACCACGAAGAGCCAUUGAAAAUAGCAUUCGAUUCAUUACUAUGUUCACUUUGCUAUAUUCAACCCAAAUUUUUCACUCAUCUGUUGACAAGGCUUAAUGUCACCUUAGCGCAUUCCGACCCCGAUUUAGACAUGUCGGGAGACAGAAAUGAUGAAUGCGGCUUGACAGAUGACAACAAAGAGGUCAGCGGAAGAGUUUGGUAUGCAAAUGUGGCUGCAGAUAACUUGACAACAUUAUUUGGACGUCCCUCAUAUUUAGCAACCAUUGCAAUGGCAUGUCAAUCCCCAAAUGCCAUAUUUCUAUUAGUUGAUUCUGGUCUCCCCAAACUAUUAGCAUAUGCCUUAUAUGAGUAUUGUUCUUCUCUGCUCACGGAAGAAAGUGUGCACCAAACAUUGAAAUACGACCAAAUGCAAUUUGCGACACAGCGCACUUCGUCGAAUCCUACACCAUCCUCUUCUUGUAUGACUGAUGCAGACAAAGUUGCUGGGGAUCAAAUGGAUGUUACGCAAACAGAUAGUGACAUGGAAUCAAAUAGGUCUCAACUGAUGACAUUUGAUCUAGUAUCAAAAAUACUUGAUUUCUUUUCUGAGUGCUGUUCGGAGGGACAUAUGCGUGACUGGUUGGGUACUCAACAAGGCUCUAUAUUUUGGAAACCGUUGUUAAAACUUCUUUGUAAUCACCGACCUAUAAAUUUCGUUCCGACUACGCCAAUAAUUAGUAGAGAGCCAACGCAACAAGCAUUUAUACGUGUAGAACGUGCUACAAUAAAUUUCUUUGCGAGAGUCACCGCCUGUCAUCCCAAUAAUCAAAAUAUAUUAACAAUGCUAUUAAUUGAAGUAAUAAGAGAACCAUCCGUAUCGCUAGGACUUAAUGUUAUGGAGACCAGUUCAAAACAAACAAUUUCUGGAUUUACUCGUCAACUCGUUCUGCAGUUGUUGCUAGAAAAUGAGCGCAUUCUGAUUUCUGUACGAAGCAAACAACCACUACAGAAAAAAGAUCCAUUCACACCGUUUUUACCAAUGUCUGCCAAUAUCCCAUCCACGACAUUACCCAAUAAUUUUACUUCACCGAGCAGCGUUUCAAUGUCAUUGGUUAAUCACCAUCCAGCAAAACGUAUUAGCAAUCAUCAUUUGCUUUUCUCUGUUAGCGCGAAUACGAAAUGCCAAGAAAUUAUUCAGAAUUGCCUAUCGGCUUACAGUAAUUUCUUAUCUACGAUGAAUUCAGAAAUCCGAUCAAUCGACGGCAGUUGUAAUGUAGCACCUGGAAUUAGUUUGGCAAACAAUACACACUGUGACUUGCUUAAACAUGAUGAUGCUGAUAAGAAUCAGAACGAUCCUUACAAAGAUAUCUCAAUUAAUUUCAAUGGAUUGGAAAAUGGCAUGGAGUUUUUGAGUGUAGCAGCUGGAGUUACAGCCAAAGAUAAACGCAUUAAAGAUGCUAAGAAUCAAGUUGCGGCCGCUAGUAAGGAUAACAAGGAUAUAAUAUCCAACUUUUCAAAGCUUGUUACUUUUGAGGAUUUCCUCACACAACCGAAUUCAUCGUCAAGUGUUGCGAAUUCUGGUGGACAAUUGUUUCUUCGAGAUUAUCCCGAUAUAUUUAUUAGUGGUGAUACGACAAUUUCGCAGUUGCUGGCCACUCUUCAAAAGAAAGGACAUUCCUUAUCCAACCCAUGCAUAACUCUUGAUAUGGUGACAGGCAAGGGUGCCAAUUUGGACAUUCUUGAUGAGACUUCCUAUAUAAAGACGUCGUCUGUAGAGCCAUUGCCAUCACCCUUACAGCGUUUCUCCACUAGAGGUGGCCUGUCCUUAUUAGCCCAGUAUUUGCCAACCGUUUAUCCAGAUGUUAGUUCACGUAAACACCAAAAUUCGGCCCCAGAGAAGGAAAAAAGUCCACCAAUGAAUGAUUGGGUUAAACUAGAACCAAAUGAUGAUAUCUACGAGGAUCUUGAAGAUCCUUUGUCGGAGCCAACUGCCAAACAAGCCACUAUAACUUCAGUGCCCCAACAUUCACUUGCCGCAUUUGGACUGUUCUUACGUCUACCCGCCUAUUCAGAUGUUCUCUUACGAGAUAAGUUGAGAGCGCAGUGUCUUCUUCGACUUGUUUUAGGAGUAACGGGAGAUGGAGAAGGAAAUGACAUUUAUAGUCUGUCACUAGCGCCUUCAUUGCCGACAUUGCCGUUUGAAGUUUUCCGACAGCUAUUGGAUAGUUCACCCUUGACCACAGAUGACGGCAUGCUCUUGAGGCGCAUGGUAAUUGAAGUUGGUGCAAUGCAUUUAGUUUUGAAUUGUUUAAGUAUAUUUACGCAUCAUUCGCCCAUAUACCCUUUAAGCCAUUCUCAAAACGAGAUCUCAAAUAGUGGAGCGAAAACUGCACUGAAUAUUAUUGAGGAUUCUUCUCUGCCCACAUCAGAUGACAAAGGUCACAUGUAUUGGGCAAAAGGUACGGGAUUUGGAACAGGUUCGACAACACAGUCGUGGAAUGUUGAACAGGCUUUAUUGCGUCAAAAAAGCGAAGAAGAACAUGUAACAGUUUUACUGCAGGUUCUUGCAAGUUAUAUUAAUCCGGGUGAUUAUAUUCCAACUGACGAUGAAAUGCCAUAUCAUGAAAUUGCUGAUCUAUCGGACGAACUUCCAAGUGAGUUUUCAUCUUUACUGAAACAGUCGUGUCUCAUUCCAGCACUCAGUUCCUAUUUGCGAAACGAUUCCGUACUCGAUAUAACCCGACACAUUCCUCUUUAUCGUGCCAUUCUUCAGCUAUUGAGAGCAAUAUCACUUUCACACGAACUGGUUUCAUUGCUUCAGCCUCAGAAUUCAGGCGGAAGUUCACCAUCCAUAGCAGAACUAUUAUCGAAUAUGAGGACUUGUGUUGACACAUAUGCAAAGCGCUUAAAAUUGAACAAGAAAUCGAACAUCAAAGGACAAACGCAACAGGUGACUGUUAAUCUUGAUGAUGGAGACGAUGAGGGUUUGGCACUUCUUAUACCCGAUAUUCAAGAGACGACUGUUUUAGUUCAGAAAACCACAAAAAGGACAGAUCAGCAGUUACAAAAUCAAUUGUCAUUAACUAAUGAUGGGGGUAUUAACAGUGACAUUGAACGAAUACCACAGAGUAAAUCUAUUGAGGAACGCUACUUAGAGGUAAUGAAAAAAUUACAAUUUGAUACAUUCGAUAUGAUUGUCGAAGCUGAAAACAAUGGUUAUCGUUUCGUUGUUUCGCACCAUUUUGAAAAAAUGGUUCGAAUGGCUGGAGAUCGUUAUCACCCUUCGCGCGUCAAGCGAUUGGCCCAAGAGGCGGUGACUCUUUCUACAAGUUUGCCUCUGUCUUAUAGCAGUUCCGUUUUCGUUCGCUGUGAUACAGAUCGUCUUGAUGUUAUGAAAGUGCUUAUAACGGGACCUGCGGACACGCCAUACGCUAAUGGAUGCUUUGAAUUUGACGUCUUCUUCCCACCAGAUUAUCCAAAUUUGCCAAUGCUUAUUAAUCUUGAAACAACAGGCCGUCAUUCUGUACGCUUCAAUCCUAAUCUUUACAAUGAUGGCAAAGUUUGUUUAUCAGUUCUAAAUACAUGGCACGGUCGUCCAGAAGAGAAGUGGAAUGCUCAAACUUCUAGUUUUCUGCAAGUGCUUGUCUCAAUACAAUCACUGAUACUUGUGCCUGAGCCAUAUUUUAAUGAGCCAGGAUUUGAGCGCAGUCGGGGUACGCCGAGCGGGACACAUUCUUCACGUGAAUACAAUAGCAAUAUCUAUCAAGCCUGUGUGCGUUGGGCUAUGUUGGAACAAAUACGUAAUCCUAGUCCUUGUUUUAAAGAUGUUAUACAUACGCAUUUUUGGCUUAAACGAAAUGAAAUUUGCGCCCAAAUAGAAAACUGGAUUGAAGAGCUUUGUAAGACUCAGUAUAAUGAACGCAGCAGUCGAACAAUUUCAUUUAAUUCAAUGGUUUUAAGACGUCAAUAUCGCCACCUACGUGAAGAACUGGCCAAACUUAAAGUCCCAGAAGGAUUAAGUGAUUUGGAUGCUCCAUUUAACCCUAAUGUCACCUUACCAGUAAUGAAUGAAAGUAGCAACACAAAUAACAACAGCGGCACAAUUUCAGUAACGAAAACUAAUUCUGAAACGACUGCUGUAGUUAAUACAAUUGCAACAGCUACAAUAGCUGGAUCCAAUGUCAAUGUGCCAACGGAACCGACUCAAUUGCCUGGUGCAUUCGGAAGUGUAUCUUCGGAAACCAAUGUUCACUCAGAAAAAGAUGUACAGUCCUUGAAUUCUACUCAUUUAGCACCCCUAGAGAUUAAUACAAAUCAACCCUUCAUUAACUGCACCAUUGAAGAUGACAACGAUGGAGCACCUGCUAUUCUUCCACAGUCGACAAUACCACCAACUGUUAACGCUAAAAUAGUUACUGUCGAUGAACCAACGUUAUCGAACGAUAAUGAAGGUGGCGAAGGCGACGAGGAAGAUGCAGACGAUAUAAUAGCCACGGAGGGCGACGAAUUGGACGUCAGUGACUACAAAUGUAACACCGUUGAUGAACUAAUGGAGCAAUUAUUUUUUGAUAGUUCCGAAAAUGCUAUGCAUUACGAUGAUUAAAAUAAAACAUAGACCUGUAUAUUAUAUUUUCUGCCUUCUUUUUCGUGCUUCAACAAUGUUAAGGAACCACAUUCAUAUAAAACACAUGUAUUAAUUCAUACUGUUGCUCUUAGGAUUUUUGCGUGCGCUUUUUUUAAUUAUAUUUAAUUUUUUGUAUGGAGAAAAUAAUGUUGCAACAAUAUGCAUAAUUUAAAAUAAAAAUACAAAUAUAUAAAACAAGAACUAAAAUGUGAAUUAAAAUACUUUAAUGUGACCGAAUUUGGUAUAAUUAAGAUAAAUAAAAUAGAGUUUUCCAUCACUUAUCA